AUGGAUUUGGAGACUGAAAACAGAUUAGCCGCUAUCCUUAUGAGGGAAGCAGCAGAACUACGGCGACAGUCUGAAAAGGAAGGUGUUCUGGCUUAUCUUCGAAAGCCUGACGUACGAACUCGGCCAAAUUCGCGAUUCCUCACUGCUACUGUACGUGGAGUUCAACAAGCAAAUCGAGCUGUGGAAGUGAAUGAGAUGUGGCGAUUGCGGCAAAAAGAACUGGAGCUUGAUAAACGGAUUAAAGAAAAAUCAAACGAUAAAAGAAGUAGAGAAAGAAGCCAUAGGGAUGAUAACUCAUCAAGGGGCACAGGAAGACAUGCUGGAAUUAUUAACAGCACUAGGUUCUCUGCCUCACGUUCAAGUAAAAGAGAAUAUGAGCUGGAUAAACGGGUUAAAGACACACCAAAAGAUAAAAGCACCGGUGACAGAAGUCAUAAGGACGAUUACUCGUCAAGAAGCCCAGGACGACAUGCUGUCGCGGAUAAAAGCCAUAGUACCUAUACUUCAUGCUCUAGCGAAAGAGAAUACGAGCAUGGUGUGGAAGGUUUAAAGGAUGAAGAGCUUGAAGAGUUUCUACACUCAAGGACCAAACGAGGCAGAGGUGCUGUUGGUUCAAGGAUGGAUGAGACUGGACCUUACCUUCCUCCUGAUUCAGACGGGGAGCCUGGUACUAGUCCUUCAGACGGGGAGCCUGGUACUAGUCCGGAUAUAAGGGAUCGCCGUGUUAUUUUAUGUCCGGAGAAGCCCUUGUCAUUGAGAUCAUAUGAAUCUUCUGAUGAAGAGGAGCUUCAUGAAGAAAAACGGAAAAAGAGUAAAAAGUCUCACUCUAGGAGCUCGGACAAGGAGCAUUCUAAGAGGCGAAAGUCCAACGAUAAAUCUAGGCAUAAGAACAAGAAAAGAGAGGAGAAAAGAAGUAAACGUCAUAAGUAA